AUGAAGCUAUGCCUUGCUGCUCCCGUGGUCCGCCUCCUGGCCGCUCCGCUGUGGAUCGAGCUUUGGCGCUUCUUCAUAUCGAGCCUCUCCUCACCUCGCCGUUCAUCCAUCCGCCAAAUGUUGGACAUCCAAACACAGAGAGCGGCAUCUUCAGUGUCUGGUCAGGUAUCUCAGCCUCUUUGCGGCUCCAGGGGUGACGCUUCUCUUCGAGAAAGCCAGUCGUGUCCUGUUCGCAACCUCGCCAAGACCCCGUUGAUGAAUAUUCAUAGCGGGGGUACCUCCUCUGCUGGGGCACACACACCACAAGGGACGCCCUUCCAUCAUGUAUGGCAAGGCGUAGAUAAUGUCUGCCAUCAUCAGAAUCAGUGCUACCCCUCGCCAGGCACUGGUACGCACACAGAAACAUGGUGCGGAUGA